UCAGCAUGAAUUGUCCUUAAUUUCUUAAUAAUUCAUAUGUGAUCUAUUCCUUUAAUCUUUCUCAGAGAAAAUACUGUGAAAGAAAUGGAGUAUCAGAUAGUGCAGGGAGACUGAAUUCCGCCCUGUUCCUUGCAGGCAGUCCUUCUGUACAAUGCUAGCUUUGUGUUUAUCUGAGAACUGAACCUUCUACAGGUGUCUCAAGUUGCAGGGAGAAGCCAGGCCUCCUUCCCCCAGCAAGGACAGGGAGCAGGCUCUGGCCAAGGCCUGUGCUGCUCUUGCUCCUUCUCCCUGUGCCCAGGGUUUGCUCUCUUCUUCCCAGGAGCCGCUGUGCCCAGGUGCGGGAGUGCGCAGCCGAGCUCCUCCUGUCUUUGAUGGAGAGAAUGGGAGUCACAAAGCUCGCAGACACCCCCAGGGUUGAGAUGCUGGCACACGUGGCAGGGAAGCUUGCACAGGACUGUCACCAGGACACAAGGCAUUUUGGACAGGAGAUGGUGAAGGUGUUUCUGAGUCACCAAAAAUUGAAAAUGCUUUUGGAACGAUCUCUUUCCACCCGUGACCUGGAAGACAUUCUGACAAGAAUUAAGAAGAAGGGGAUGGAAAACCAGAAGAGUGAAUGCCCAUCUGUCAAGGAGCCGGUGGAGAAGAGGAAUGAUGGCCCGAAGAAGCCCCAGGACACGAUGCCUUCUAGCAAACGGGUGGAGUCUACUUCUGAUGGACGCCUAUUACACCGUGCGAAAGCCCAGGUCACGUUACCUGCAGCUGUGGAAGAGAUGGAUAUGCUCCAGAAGCUUUACCAUCUCCUGCAAGCCAAGGGGUUUCAGACACGGCUGGAAGGAGUGGCACUCCUCCUAGAGCUGUGCAAAAGCAGCCCCCAGCUAAUCUCCAAGAACAUUGUCCAAAUUUUUGAUUAUUUUGUCCUGAGAAUAUGUGACAGCCACAAGAAAGUGAGGCAGAAGGCGCUGGACGUGCUGGCUGAAAUCAUAGGCCUCCUGGAUGAUGCCAUGAACCCUGUGAUGAUCCGCUUGGUAGAAGGAAUAGCAAAGAACCUGAGCUCAAAUGAUCCCGGGGUUCAUGCUGCAGCUGUGAGAGCACUGGAAGAAUCCGUUGCUCAUUUAGAUAAAGUAUCACUGAUGAAAGAGUUCAGCCACCAAUGGAGCCAACUGAGCGGCCAAGCUCUGCUGGAUGUCGCAGAGUGUAUCGCAGAGCUUGUGGAGUGGGUUUAUGCCAGGAGCCCUGAAGUCGUCCAGCGCUAUGCCCUGCCCGUGCUCUGGUCCUUCCUGGACAACAAAGCGCUGCCUGUCCGCAGUGCCAACAUCCGCACUGUGGCCACCAAGCUUGCCCUGGCCCUCUACGAGGCGAUGGGCAACAAGCUGAAGAAAUGUGCAGCCAGCAAGCCUCCACACAUGCGGGAGAACCUCUCCAACAUUUUGUACUGGUGAAGGCAGGAUGUUCUCCAGGAAGAUGACCAAGUGCUGAGUUGGACACCUCCGGAUUUGAC